CAGGUUGAUGUAAGUAUGAAUGACGUGGAUGGCAAUGCAGAUGACAAUGUAGUGUCGUUGGUAAUGCCGGAGGCUAGCUCUUCGUCGCCGACGCCGUCGCAAGAAGAACUGCUCUACAACUGCUAAGAAGGGAGAGUCAGGUAAUAUGGAUACUGAGAUAUCGGUGUCAGACAAGUAGUUUGAGCUUGUAUCACUCCUGUGUAGACUUCAUUACGUCUUUCAGUGGAAUUUUCUUUCUUCGAAGCACGACUGACACUAACGCAUUGCUUCUCCCAUACGACACACAGGUUUGAAGCACUAAGCGGCAGCUGACGAAUGGGUGACACUUUCUGGUGAUGAUUCUUGAUGAGGAAGAUGUUUUCGAUUAAGUAUUAGAAAUCACAGAUUUUAUUAUUCUUUAGUGUAUAAUGAAAUGAAGAAAAGACUGCUUGAUGUAGGUCAGUGAGCAUUUUAUCUUCACUAAGUAUAUGAUAAUAAUGCAAUCGCUUAUUAUUUGUUAUAGCACCACAAACUUCUUGUUCUUUGUGCCACUGAUUAUCUGGCUACGUAAAGAAUGGCUUCACCUGCGAGAGAUGUAAUGUUGAUGCUAUGAUAAAUCAGUGACCUACCGUUAUAGAUGGGGACUCACUUCUACAGAUCGAGUAGCAUUCUGGUAGCCUUGCCAUUAUGAUCGACGAAGUGUGGGAAGAAGAUAAAAGGCAGAAUCUAUAUCGUAUUCAGGUUGAAGCAUCGGAGUACAACUUCUACAGAAAAAUAGAUGGCGUUGUCCUCUUGUUAUUUGAGCACAAGGUUUGUCGAGAAAUAUAUGAUCAGUUAUGUUUUAUCAGUAAUGCUAAUGGAGUCAUUUCUUGUUUUUGUAAAGAUCUAUUUGCUCGUUAUAUGAUAGAGUUAUAAUGUUGGCUGUGAAGUAUUUUCUUGUCUUACGAAGGUCGUCCAUAUCGAAUUGCGUACAUGAAUGAUCUGCAAGCACAAAAUUUCUUAUGCAUUUCUACGUAGAGUUAUUGCUGACUUAAUAGAGAACAUAAGGCGAAUAAGCAAAUAUAUGGAAAUAAAAUAUUUUCUAGUAAGAAAAAACAGCUGCUAUUUUCCAAUAAUCAGGUAAGUGAAGGCGAUGAUCGUACAACGCAGCUACUUCUAAAAGAUGUUCUGAAAGGAGAUAUAUCUGAGUAUUUUCGUCUUUGCCGGUGAUCGUUGAAUAAAAAGUACGAGUAUUUAAUCAUCUCAUGCGCCCGGUUCUUAAUAUUGAAGUGAAUCUAAAUCAUAGAAAAUCUGCAAAUAAUGCGUGACCAGCGUCAACUAUAAGUAUAAUCUUCCUUCCACGUCUUGCUGUUCGUGAUGCGCAAGAUGUAUCGUGAGUUAUUCGAUGAAUACCUCACAAGCAGCUUGCGCUUCAGGCAGGUAUGAUAUGGCCUUGCUCUCAGCAGAAGUGACCUACAAACUUCUUCUUUUGAUGAUUCUCAGAUGAAGAAUUCAACCAAAAAAAAAACACGGCUACCUGUAGUGCGAAGUGCUUUUUCCUCCUGAAGCCAAAACCAAAG